AUGUUGCUGCAAACAAAUUCAUUGCCCCGGGAUGUGGACCCGGAUAAUAGGAACCUAUAUUUGUGUUGUGUUAAGUCUAUUAAAGCUUUAAUCGUAGCUGUGGCCACUAUGGAAAAGCACGACAUCGAAAAGGCACACAAACAGGUGGAUACGUUAGGGGCACUGGCAGAUAAUUAUCGUAAAACGGGACUUAUGGUGACGAUUAUAAGUUAUGUCAAAACGCCUCUAUAUAACCGUUAUAGCGAUGCCGAAGCGCACGGGGAGUUGUGUUACUCGUAUAGUCUACUGUUCAGUGCUAUGGUCUGUGCGUUGGAAACCAAU